CAUCGUGUUCCGAUAUCUCGUGUUGACAUCAAGAUUCAAUGAAGAAAAAGAAGAGAUAUCAGUCAAAAGAACAGAAAAAAACAAAUUUCAAUCAAAAUAUUCAAAAUUAUAUCAUUAAACCUAGAGUGCCUAUAACCAUAGUCACUCUAAUUAAACCUAUUAACUUAUUUGUAUGUUAAACAAUCGGAGCCAUGAGCGAAGACGAGGAAACAUUGUGUAGAUACGGCAACCCUUUACCAGCAUAUGAAGAAGAUGAAAUUCCGGCCAAAAAACCUGUCUCGGUAGAGGAUCAAAUUGUUUUAGAUGUUAACGGAAAGCGACGCUUUCAUGGGGCAUUCACAGGAGGAUUUUCUGCCGGAUACUGGAAUACUGUCGGCUCAGAAGAAGGAUGGAAACCCACGGAAUUCAAAAGUUCACGUAAGGAAAAGUCGUCCUUCAAACCCUUAAAUCCAAUGGAUUUCAUGGAUGAAGAAGAUCUGGGAGAAUUCGGAAUAGCGCCUCAAAGAGUUCACACAAAAGAAGACUUCGCACAGUCCAGUAAAUCUUCAAAGCGUCGAAUAACAACGGCUAAUUGGUCAAGUCCAAUUCCUGGACAACCGGUCCUCAAAGCAUUACUCGAACCAGCAAAAGAAAAAACUGCAUUAUUGAUACUUAAAAACAUGGGUUGGCGAGAAGGACAAGGCAUAGGAGAUCGACAAAGUAAAGUCGAAAAAAAGAAGGCAAACGCACGUAACAGAAAGGAAGAGUACGUAAUGAAGAUGUACGGAUGUGAACUACCCACAGAAAAAGCAGCUUCAGAUAGUUCUGGAUCAGAAAGCGAUAUAUCAGACUACGAAAUUACGUUUGCUCCUGAUGAUUUCGAUCCGCUGGUUGCUGCUAUUAAAAAUAAUACAUUUGGUCUAGGAUAUUCCGGAUUAGAAAGGCAAUCGGGAUCAUAUGUGAACAUUCCCAACACGUUGGAAGUCGUAGAUAGGAACAACAAAAAACUUUCAAUUCGGGGUCAGGCAUUUGGAGUUGGUGCUUUAGAAGAUGACGACGAGGAUAUUUAUGCUAGAGAUGACAUGUCCAGGUAUGAUUACUCUUUGGACGACAAGCCAAAAAAACCUGUAACCAUCAAAUCAGUAAACAAAAGUGCGUGUCUGGAAGGGUUUUGUUUAUCUAAGAAAAUUGGCAAACAAAAUAAGAAAGUGUUUCAAGUCGAUUUACCGGAUAAUUACUCUCCUCGUCAUUUAGGACAAAGAAUUAGUCGGUUUGAACCUUUGGAGAAAACACGAGCUCAGUGUUUGUUGACAGAAUCACACUAUAAAAUUCAAGGGCUUGGGCGACAUGAUUUGGAUCCGAAGAAACGCGGACAGAUCUUAGAUGAAAGUUCAAACUCACUAUCCCAUUCCUCUACAAGCUCAAUAACAGACAUGAUAAACCAUCGAUCAAAAAGUUUCGUUAAAGAAGAAAUAAUAAACAAAACUCAUAUAGAUGAGCCAGGAACAUCGAAAACGAAUACUCUUAAAUUUGAAACAAACGCUGAACUCACUGGUUUGGGAUCAACAAAGGAAGGAUUCAAGCCAUUCAUCAUCGAUGUUGACAAACAGGAACGCUACGAUAAGUUUCUCUGUUACAAGCCAUCAGAUCGAUUCCCAACAAAGGAAUCUUUUCUUAGUUCGCUACAGCCGUUGGAAAUGUCAUCGUGGGAUCGGGAACGUGAACUGAAGGAGUUCAAUCAAGCGCAGCGUAUGUACCGUCCUAUGGAUGGUUUAAUGUUUGACCGAUUUGUGACGGAAUCAAGUUUGAUCAUGGAAAAAUCAAAUAAAGAACAAUCAGAAGUUACCGACGUUGUAAUGAAACGAAGUACAGUUAUGUGGAAACCACAUAAGGAACUUUGUAAGCGUUUCAAUGUUCCAGAACCUUUUAGUUCUAGUAUGGGUGAAAUUGCAGUAAAAGUAACAACAAAAAUGUCGGUUUUUGAUUACAUAGAAACGCCAGUAAAUAGCAAAAGUAAUUUUGUUACACCUGUGAUUAUUCCCAAGAGUAUUCCCAAGCUCAACGAUAAAAGUAAGGAGAGUUUACCUAUACGAGAAUCCGUAAAAAAAGUUGCUGUAGAAAAAGAGAAACCGUCCACCAGUUACGAAACGAAUCCUGUACAGCAACCAUCAAUUAUACAAAAGUCUGUCAAACGAACUGAACUAGAACAAAAGGUACUGGAAAGUAUCAACAAAAAACCGGAAGAUAAAAAAGAUCUUUUCAAAUCCAUUUUCUGCAGUAGUGAUGAGGAAGAAGAGGAUGCCGAAACGGGAAUAAAUGGAAUUACAACAGUUUCAAUAAGCAAAAACGACAAGUUGAAGCUUGUUGAAAGCUUUAUAGCUAUUAAACCGGCGAGUCAGAUGAAUGUACUGAGAAACGACUCUCCGCCACGGGGAAUCUUCAAAAGUAUUUUAGACAUCAAGACUCCAAACCAACCAAAUGAAACGCUAUCGCGACACGAUCAUUCUGCGAAUUCAUCAUUUAGUUCUGACGAUGAAAUGUAUGGACCGAAGUUGCCAUGCCAAAUGCCGGUUAUAAUGACACCAGAUAAUGCUGCAAAGGUCAUAGAAACUAGCCCAUAUUUGAAAAACAAGGAAAUCGACUCAAAAGAAAUUAUUGAAGAGUGGGUCGAAAAGAGGAACUCUAGUAGCAAGAGCAAGAAAAAGAAGCACAAGGAACAUAAAAAAUCAAAGAAACAAAAAAAGGAAAAGAAAAAGUCAAAACAUAAAAACUGAACAGUUUG